GCUUAUCUUAUCUCGUGUUGAUGACCUUCAACAACCAUAGUUUUCUACUUCUGCAAGCUCCCUCCUACUUACCAAACUCAAUUGAAUUUCGUAUAUGUUUCGUAUAAUAGCCCAAUUUCCAAGCUUGGAAUUUGGAAGUUUAGUCGUCUACUUUGUAUAUUCAGCUUUUUCAUACGUGUGAGAGCAGGAAACAAAAUGUAUAUUUGCAGUUUAUUGACGGAUAUCACAGGACUUCAUCAUUUGAGCAGACAUAUCGAUGUUACUCUGCUUCAUUUAUUGAAAAGCCCGAAAUCGAAAAUGGCGAUAAAAUUAUAAUGCCUGCUUCAGCCCUUGAUCAUCUAGCAUUUUUACGCAUCGACUAUCCUAUGAUGUUUGAACUCACUAAUGGUGCUUCUGAGCGGGUUUCUCAUUGUGGAGUUCUGGAGUUCACUGCAGAUGAAGGAACUAUAUAUAUGCCAUACUGGAUGAUGCAGAAUAUGCUUUUGCAAGAGGGAGACACCGUAAGAGUUAAAUAUUCAUCACUACCAAAGGGAACAUACGUUAAAUUACAACCCCAUACAAAGGACUUCUUUGAUAUCUCCAAUCCAAAAGCUAUCUUAGAGACGACUUUGAGAAAAUUUUCAUGCUUAACGACUGGAGAUACUAUCAUGGUGACAUACAACAACAAAAGGUAUUACUUGGAUAUUAUUGAAACAAAGCCUGCUAAAGCUAUAAGCAUCAUCGAGACAGACUGUGAGGUGGACUUUGCUCCUUCCUUGGAUUACAAAGAUCUUGGAAAGCCUAAUAUUGCAGACGAAACACAAAACAAAGGUAAGUUCAAUCCAUUUUUUGGGACUGCGAGACGCUUGGAUGGAAAACCUAUUCCUGCAGUUUAUUCAUCACGGCAUAAAAACAAACAUGUUCCAAACGUGAAUGCACUGUCUUCCACAACAUCUCCAUCUGGGGGAAAGCUAGUAUUUGGAUCAAACUUUUACCGUACAAAAGAAACAGGAAAGGAAGAGAUGGAGCCAAAACGAGAACCAACCGAGCAAAAGAAACCAAAAUUUCAGCCUUUCAUAGGGAGAAAGUAUUCCCUGAGGAAUUGAGUGAUAUGAAACGAAAGCAUAGAUUGUAAUUUGCUAAGCUGGCCCUGGAUGAAUCGAAUAGAACAACGAACCGAGCAUCGUUGCCUUUGGUAAUCAAAAGUUAAUGAAAAUAAGAGAAUAUUACAAUAAAAGCAAUAAAAAUUAUGUUUUGUUUGA